GGUCGUUUAAAUUUUUGGAAAGACCUUUGUCACAUGGGUGUGGCGUCACCAUUGUGCUCGUCUCCUAUUGGCCGGUUGAGGUGUCAGUCAAGGCGCGUCUGCUGGCGAGUUGAACUGAAUGACAGCGCCGUGCCUCAGCAGUUUGGCAGCGACAGAGGCGGAGGUGAGGCUGCGUGGAUCAUGCAUCAGCAGAUGCAGUCUGAUCCCAAGUCAUCCUGGCCUUCCAGCUACAACUCGGAGAACAAUAACUGGAACAGCGGCAUGGAAUCUCAGUAUCCUGGCUACUCAAAUUAUUGGUACCCCCAGUCACACACAGCAGGACCUUAUGGCAACUCGUACCCCCCCGGAACAGAGGUCAACGGACAGGCAUCGUACAAUCACCAGGCAAUGUCAGCCUAUCCCAAUGGGGUGUACAGUCCAGCACAAUACUCCACGAGUAUGCUACAUCCUUCCAAUCCAUUCUACUGCAGUGACCAGGUUCCUUCAAGACAACCUCAGUAUCACAACCAGACCUGCCCUGAACAAAAUGUGAGGGGCUCGGCUCCUCCCCCUUACCCUGUACCUCACUGCCAAGGGGCUCCUGGCUACCCAGCAGGAUCUUACCCACACUAUGGAGAAGGAUGCCCUCCGAAUGCCCCCUACCCCAACCAGCAGCCCAUGCUCUCACGACCCCAGCAUGAGGCCUGGUCCCACUCUGGAGGGUAUGGGCCUACACCGCCCCAACAGCAGUGGCCAUCCAAUACCCAGACACCCCAUGGCCACUACGGCAAUCAUGUACGACCACCUCACCCCCCGCCUUGGCAAGGACCUGCACCGCCUCCAUAUGAACACAAGGAUCCACCAUAUCACAGUCAGCCUCAUAUGCACCCUCGAAACCAGCCUCCAGGCUCCAAACCACGUGCCAGCACUCCAAACCCAACUCCACCACCACCCAAACCUGCCCAGUUCAGCGCUCCGCCUCAAAUCUACACCAAGGGUCCAUCUGGAGGUGGAGGACCUGAGAUCAAACCAGCCCAGAAUGAACAACCUCCAACGUCUUCCCGCCCAGGGUCGUCCACCCCAGCCCCAUUAAGUGAUAAUCCCGGCCUGGCUCGAGUUCAACUGGUUCUGGCCAGAGUUCAGCUCCUCCAAGAGGACGUGGAUGAGUUUGUGGGGAAAAAGACGGAAAAGAGCUACCGGUGUCUGGAGGAACUUUUGACAAAAGAGCUGCUGGAAUUGGACUCGGUGGAGACCAAUGGGCAGGAUGUCGUUCGACAGGCUCGCAAAGAGGCCGUUCAGAAGAUCCAGGCCAUCUUAGACCGCCUUGAGAAAAAGGCUUUUUAAUAACAGGGUGGAAUGAUGAUGGUUCUGGAUGUUCUUUUGUUGCUUAUUCUUUUUAACGAUCUUUUCUCAUGAUCAGAGAAUAGGAUUUUCAGUUUCCCAGUUAGUUGCAUUAAAUUGCAAAAAUGUUUUUGGGUCAUGUAUGCUAAUGAUGGUAAUGUAUUAGUGGAAAUACAGGCGCAAUAUGUCCUAAUCAUUGCAGUGCCAUACUCGAACCAGCCUUCUGCCAUCUAGCAGUUUGACAUCUGCUCAUGUCAGAUCAAACAUAAUUAAACAAGUCUCAAAACAUAAUUAAGUCUCAUUGCAUAACACGUCUUAAGAAUUAUUUUUUUUUUUUUUCUUGAGUCUAUUCAGACUGAAAAAAUAAAACAGCUAAUUCAACCACAUUUUAAUAUUUCCAGGGUUUUUUGGUAGCACAACUUUUCAAAAUAAAAAAAGCCUCCAUUGCUCAUUUUGCACUUAUAUAUUGUUAUAUUGUUUAACACUGCUAUUAUACCAAUACAUUCAUGAUUUUAUUGUAUCUUGAUUAAUAAAUAAAGGAAGGUCAGUUUUUGGUAA